GGACCUUAAAUAUAGAGUACUCAAAAGAUGAAGCGAUAUUAUGAUAUUUACGAUCGCGCGUAUACAUUUUCUGUUCCUUAGGUAUCGUACCCUUUUUAAAAGUUGUAAGUAAGACCGUUACCCGAUAAAUCAGGUAGGUUCGAGGCAAACGAAGCCAAUAUGUACUGUAUGGAUGUAGUGACACCAAUACCUACACAGUGAGGAAGGAACGAUAAUAUAUGAAAUGCGCACCUUCUCAUUCAAUUCACACUUGGUCGGCAAGUGCUCUUUCCAACUUUUCAUCUGGUUGCCAUGGUUUCUCUGCUAAAAAAAAACUUUUUAAUUCUUCGGUCACCAUUCAACAUCUCGCAAUGAUCUCAUCGUUCAUUACCAACACCUUCACUUCGUUGACACCUUCUCUUAAUUAUCGCGUUGAUCGCCAACAUCUUUCGUUCUUCUACUUUCCUUUUCGGCGUAUUUAUUUUUAGUAAUUUUCCAAUCGCCACUCCUAUUUCCUGUACGCCGCGACAACUUCAAGAUGGCAAUCAUCGCCGAAAUUCCCGGAGUGGAAGUGACCGUCCGGAUCGCCGGCGAAGUCGCCGAGGAACACGACGGCCCAAAGGCUACAGAUCGAAAAAUUAAGGAGUCGGUUCUGAAGACUUGCAACAUGUUCAUCGAGUGUAGAGACAACACUCCGUUCGCCAUCCAUCUCAAGGUCGAUAACGACUAUCGAUGGGGCAGAAAGAACCAUUCUUUGAACAUCGCCACAUAUAUCGAUGGACAAUGGGCCAAGGGACAUUACUGUCGCCAAUGGGACGUCCACCGAGGCCCUUGGGAAUGCGAUGUUUCCUAUCGCAUCGUUCGAAACGAGCGCGGCGAGCUAGAACAGCAGAGUUUCCAAUUCGCCAGUAUUGCAGCUUCUGGGGGGUUAGACUUUGAUCAGUAUCAACGUGAUCUGAAAAAGGUCCAACAGAUGGGCACCAUCGAGGUGAAAAUCUACCGGGUUAUCGAGGAUGACAGCGAUGACGCCAAUAGUCAUUCCAAAGUUCCCGGAGUAGGGAUCACGGGUACGACGAUUUCGAAAAAGGCUCUGGAUGGCAAGACGGUUUCACACGGCACUCGGUAUGCAAACGUUACCCCUGCAACAAGGAAGCCUCGAUACGUUGGCUGUACCACUUUGCCCGAGGAUGAUGGCCCUAUUGCCACUUUCCGCUUCUUGUACCGCUCGAAGGAUAACUUGAAUGCCAUCCUUCGAAGGUUGAAAGCAGUCAACCCUGUCAUAGAAGCCUUGAAGGAGAAGGGUACUCCUCCCCCGAGUGCCCAAAGGCCCCAUAUUUCGCCUCAGGCGGCCCGGCGCCCACAUUUAGCUCCGCCCGGAGCUCAUUCAUUACCUUCACGUCUGCGCUUAUCCGAGCCCGAGGAUGGAGUGCAAACCCCACCGGCUCUAGCAAGCUUGUCUCGAGACGAAAUCGAGAAACUCGCUAUAGAAGGACUGCGACAGCAACGCACUUCCUGGGUUGACGAGGCGAUUAAGAACACAGUCGGCCCACCCGGAUCAAAGGACGAGGAGAAGAGAGGUCUUGAGAAGGAGCAAAGAGGCCGGAAACGAACUCUUUCCGAGCCUAGCAGCCUCGUGAUCCGAUCUAGACCAUAUAAGAUGUCUAAGACGGACGAUGGAAAGGAUAUUAUUCAUCUGGAUGAUGAUUAAUAAAUCAUGUAUAACACACUUCGUUCUUUCUAGGUCUUUUGUGCUAGUGAGUCUAGGGAUCUAAGGGAA